GGGCUUUUUCGCAAUUGAAUCAAAUUCUAGUUUUGAUCAAUCCUCUCUCUGUGUGCAGCGGGUCCGGAAGAACAAUGAGUGGUUCUGUGAAGGACGUACAAUCUAAAGCGGAGCUUGACGGCCUGCUUCGGAGUGAUUCCCUGGUUAUCCUCCAUUUCUGGGCUUCAUGGUGUGAAGCUUCUAAGCACAUGGACCAGGUCUUUUCACACCUUUCUACCGAUUUUCCUCACGCUCGUUUCUUAAGGGUUGAAGCUGAAGAGCAACCCGAAAUAUCGGAAGCGUACUCGGUUGCUGCCGUUCCUUACUUUGUCUUUAUCAAGGAUGGCAAGACUGUUGAUACCUUAGAAGGGGCAGAUCCAUCUAGCUUGGCUCAUAAAGUUGCUAAAGCUUCUGGUUCAAUUAAUGCUGGAGAACCUGCAGCCCCAGCUAGCAGUGGGAUGGCUGCAGGAGCUGCUAUUCUUGAAACAGUGAGAGAGUUGGCAAGGGACAAUGGCUCUGUUACUGAAAGCAAGGUGCAACCUGGACUGAGCAGUGCUUUGCAGAAGAAAAUUCAGCAGCUUAUUGACUCUAAUCCAAUCAUGUUAUUCAUGAAAGGAAGUCCUGAAGAACCAAGAUGUGGGUUUAGUAGAAAAGUUGUUGACAUUCUGAAGGAAGAAAAUGUGAAUUUUGGAAGUUUUGAUAUCUUAUCAGACAAUGAGGUUCGUGAGGGAUUGAAGAAGUUUUCUAACUGGCCAACAUUUCCGCAGCUCUAUUGCAAAGGGGAGCUUCUAGGUGGGUCUGACAUAGCCAUUGCCAUGCAUGAGAGUGGUGAGUUAAAGGAGGUCUUCAGAGACCAUGGCAUUGGAACUUCCCAUGAGGUAAAGCCUGCUGAACUCGACAGGACUGCAGGUGUUAUCUCAGAAAACUCUGGCUUGAGUGCAGCUCUAGCCUCUCGUCUUAAAAUGCUAGUUAAUUUGAGUCCUGUUAUGCUUUUUAUGAAAGGAAAACCUGAUGAACCAAAAUGUGGUUUCAGUCACAAGGUUGUAGAAAUCCUUCGUGAAGAAAAUGUGAACUUUGAGAGUUUUGAUAUCCUUUCUGAUGACGAAAUCCGCCAGGGGCUCAAAGAUUAUUCAAACUGGUCCAGUUACCCCCAACUGUAUAUCAAAGGUGAACUGAUUGGUGGAUCAGAUAUUGUCUUGCAGAUGCAUAGAAGUGGAGAACUCCGGAAAGUCUUAGAAAAUAAGGGAAUCGUCAAGAAAGACUCUAGUGAAGAUCGUCUGAAAAUAUUGAUCACUUCUUCCCCAGUUAUGCUCUUUAUGAAGGGUACACCAGAUGCUCCAAGAUGUGGUUUCAGCUCCAAAGUUGUUAAUGCCCUUAACGAAGAGGGGAUUGGUUUUGGGUCAUUUGAUAUCUUAACUGACGACGAAGUGAGGCAGGGGUUAAAAGUUUACUCCAACUGGCCGACCUUUCCGCAGCUUUAUUACAAGGGCGAGCUUAUUGGAGGCUGUGAUAUUGUGCUGGAGCUACGAAGUAGUGGAGAACUGAAAUCUACUUUAUCCGAAUAGUAUCAAUCAACAUGAGCUGCUUUGGGUGUGUCCACAUCCAUUCAAUUGUCUCGAUUACAUCAACGUAGUGACAUUAUACAUCUUCUGAAGUUCGCUUUUCAUAGUUUUGAUUGAUCUCUGACCCCUUCAAUGUGGGUCCUUCAUACUGCAUGUAAAAGCAAGGGAUUACCCUAGCGACCGAUGAGUUUAAGUUAUAUGUUGUGUUGUUACCUGUUACUGGCAACUAUAUUCCUUUUUCUAGUUUCUUUAGUAGGGUUUUCAUUGACAAGAAAGCGUACAUUUAUGCUAAAUGUUGGGACGUAUAUUUCCCUGUUUCGGCUUUAGAGUACCUGUCCUCAAUCCUGAAAUAUCUCAACUCUCAUAGUAUCAAACAUUGUGGGAUCAGGUUUAUGUCCACCCUUCA